AUGGGAUCCGAUUAUGCUGCUCUCGCGCUUCGACUAUUGGAUCUGGAAGAAAACACAAAGACAAACCUGAGAAAAAAAGAGAUCGAAAAAGGAGGAAACAAGACUGAAUCGAAGGAGAAGAGAAGCGAUAGAGUGGAACAUACAGCGAGGGAGAGCGAAAUCGGCGCCCACGACCAACUAGGUAAACUCAUAAGACCUGUGCGUUUAUAUUCAAAUGUUUCACUUCUCUCAGAGCUCUUUGCUUUGGAGAAGAAGUACGCCAUUCUACUCAGAGACUUCGCUGAAGCACGAGCCAUCUCCCAUGGUGAAGCUCUCCACCUCGCAUCCUCAAGACAAUCCCCAACCCAGACCUCUUCCUCUAAUGCUCGCAGGGUGUUUGACGAAAUGCCUGAACGAGACGUUAUCUCGUGGAACACCAUCAUUGAUGGGUAUUUUCUUGCUGAGAUGUUUCCAUAUGUGUUACAGUUCUUUAGGUGCAUGUUGCAUUCCGGGGUAGCUCUGGAUGAAUUCAGCUUCACAAGUAUUUGUAGGAGUUGCCUUGCUUUGGAGGCCUUUGGUAAUGGAUUGGCUGUUCAUUGUUUGGUGAUCAAGUGUGGUUUUGGUGGCAACGCUUUUGUUGCGAAUGGGCUUGUUGAAGUUUACGCUAAAUGUCACUUCUUGAGAGAAUCUUUGAAAGUUUUUGUUGAUGUAGAACACAAAGACAUUGUCUUGGUUAACACUCUGAUUGGUUUGCUUGCGAAAGCUGGGAAUUUUGAAGAAGCUUUCUUGAUAUUCUUGGAUAAUGUUCUGAUUGCAUCUAUGUGGCCUGAAAGAGCUACUUUUGUUAAUUUGUUGAGUGGGAUUGAUCGCUAUGAAUUUUUGAGAGAAGGGAUGCAAAUCCAUGGUUUGAUAGUGAAGUUUGGGUUUGAGGCCGAUGGUGCUGUGGAGAAUUCUCUUGUGAUGAUGUAUUCUAGUUGUGAUCAUGUAGAUGAGGCCUUUGCUUUGUUGAUUCAAUCAGGAAGCAAAAAUCCAAGGUCAUGGACCACUAUGAUUAAGGGAUACGCAAACCUCGGAUGGUAUCAAGAGGCCAUUAACACCUUCCUGUGGAUUUACUGUGAAGGUAAGAUGAUAGAUAAUGUAUUAUUAGCCUGUGUUCUUAGUGUUGCAGCUGAUUAUGAGUGCUUGCAAAUUGGCAAUCAACUUCAUGCUACUGUGCUUAAGUUGAAAUGUGAAUCAAAUCCUUAUAUCGUCCAUGCUUUGAUUGAUAUGUAUGCAAAGUGUCAGUCUAUGGGAGAUGCUCUGAAACUGUUUCAACAGAUUGGUGGUAAUCGGAUUCAGCUUUCGUGGACUAUAAUGAUAUCUGGUUAUGUUCAUAAUGGAUCCUCUGCAAAAGCUCUCCAAUUUUUCUACAACAUGAACAGAGAAGAAGCCAUUUCUGCUGAUUCUGUUGCAUGUGUCAGUGUUCUCAUGGGAUGCACUGAUUUGCAGGCUAUUGAUCAAGGUGAACAAGUUCAUACUUUUGUGAUAAAAUCAGGUUAUGAAGCUGACAUCUUAGUCCAGACUGCAUUGUUUUCUCUCUAUUCCAACUGUGGUAGCUUGUAUGAAACUGCAGGCCUUUUUAGAACAGGGAUGAGACAUGACCUUGUUUCAUGGACUGCGUUACUUUCAUCUUAUGCAAAGCAUGGAUAUAGUGAAGUAGCUUUAUUGUGUCUUGUUAGAAUGCUCAAAGAUGGGUUCAAACCAAACCAAUUUACUCUGGCAAGUGCUUUAACUGCUGCUUCUAGAGCAACAUCAACACAAACUGGGAAGGUACUUCAUGCUCUUGUUAUAAAAACAGGACUAGACACCAACACUUCUGUUGGUAGUGCUCUUAUAGACAUGUACUCAAAAUGUGGAGACAUUGGGAGUGCAAUCAGUUACUUCAAAGGGUCUUCAAAGUGUGAUAUUUUCUCGUGGAAUGCCUUGCUAACAGGACAUGCUCAGCAUGGAAAUGUGACUGAGCUUCUGAGCAUUUUUGAGGAAAUGCUCAAUCAUGAGCUGAAGCCUGAUAGCAUUACAUUUCUUGCUAUUCUUAAUGGUUGCAGCCAUGGUGGUUUUGUUGACAAGUUGUUGCACUAUUACAACAUGAUGCAAGAUAAGUAUGGUAUAAGACCAAAGGUCGAGCACCGCACCUGUGUUGUUGAUGCUCUCGUUCGUGCUAAUCUGUUCAAAGAGGCAGUAAACUUUAUCCAGGGAACCGGGUGCAAAGCUGGUCCUGAAAUACUGAGGGUUUUCAUCAGUUCUUGUGCAACUGCAGGGCUUGUUCAGUUAGGUUUGGCCGCAGCUGCAAGGAUGGUUGUUUCAGGUUUAACCAAUAACUCAGCUCAUGUGCUGUUGUCUAAUCUAUAUGCACUUGAUGAGAAAUGGAUUGAUGCAAGACGGAUCAGAGAAGCAGCACAAACCGAUCAUACAUACAUCAAAGAAGCUGGUAAGAGUUGGAUUUCGUGUUAA